ACAGUUGUACUGAUUAGCGAUAACAGCGGACAUUUGUUUUCACAAUUCAACUCUCUGCAGUGGACUACACUCAGUAUUUUGCAGCCUUUUUGUAACGUGACGAGUACUAGAACCUAAACUUUUUCAGAGUAUAUUUGUGUGUGGGGGAGAUGCUUUGGAACUUGCAAAGGAUCAGGAAAGAAGUUUGCUAUUAUAUGUAAUCAUCAUUUGAUGGAUCGUGGUUACAGUAAAGGAAGAAUGUGGGCUUUGCUUUUGUUGUAUGGAGUUGUUGGACUGGCUGUACUGUGUGAGGGGGCCUGCAACUUUCCUGCAAUUUUCAAUUUUGGGGACUCUAGCUCUGAUACAGGGGCCAUCCAUUUUGUCUUUCCGUAUAAUAUGCUUGCUGAGAAUCCUCCCUAUGGGAGAACAUACUUUGGAAGGCCAGUUAAUAGGUACAGCGAUGGGAGAUUGUCCAUUGAUUUUAUGGCAUAUGCACUUGGGUUACCAUUUCUGAGUCCAUACUUGCAGUCUGUGGGGUCUAAUUACGCUCACGGGGCUAACUUUGCAGCAGCGGGGGCCACAGUGCGAGAUCUCUCAUUCAUUGCUCCGAUUUCUCUCACUGUUCAAGUCAAUCAAUUCAAGAUCUUCAAGCAGCAAGUCUUGGCAACAAAAGGUAGUCAGGGAUAUCUUCCAACAGCAGAUACAUUUAAAAAAGCAAUUUAUAUAGUGGAAAUAGGUGGAAAUGACUUCAGCUAUGGUUACAUGAACCUCAAACUCACCCCUGCCCAACUCAAGCAGACUAUUCUGCCCAUUGUGGCAAAGGGUGUUGCAAAUGCUGUUAAGGACUUGUAUAAUGCAGGCGCAAGCACAAUUCUAGUAAAGGAUGUGGGGCCACAAGGAUGCCAACCCUUUUGGCUCACUUAUUUCUCUCAUUCUUCCUCAGACUUUGACAAGAAUGGCUGCUCUAUUUCUUACAAUGAUGCAGUGCUUUACUACAACCAGCUAUUGAGAGGACAACUAGCAGGAUUGCGGGCCCAGCUCAAGGGGGCUACCAUUAUCUACGUCAACACCUUCGACAUCAUCUAUGACUUCAUCGUCAAUUCAUCAAAAUACGGGUUCAAGCAGACCGUUAGAGCGUGUUGUGGAAUUGGAGGGAAAUACAAUUAUAUAUACUCUAUACAAUGUGGAGUAAGUGGCAAACUCAAUGGCCAAACAGUAAAGGCAGAGUCAUGUGCAAAUCCAGCCACUUAUAUAAAUUGGGAUGGAGUCCACUGGACUGAUGAGGCCAACAAAAUUCUAACCAGGCAAAUUUUGGGAGGAAAAUACUUUGAACCUCCUUUUUCAUUUGCAAGCCAAUGCAAUUUAAGACCGAUUUGAUUGAGAUCAGCUUUGGGUACAACAUGAAAAGAUGAUUUUUGUCCAGUGUUAACAUUUGGUUAUAUAUUUAUUAUUUUGUAUGAGUUAACUAGAGUCCCAAAGAAAACUUAAUUAAGAAAGUUUAGAGUAAUCAUGAAAAGAUCUGAUCGAGAAAUUAUUGAUAUUUGACCACUAUAUAUUAUUUCCCGUGACA